AUGAAUAUCUACCUGUUUGCAAUCCCAUUGGUGUCGCUGCUCCUCCUCAAAGCAGUCCUGGCCCUCUUUCGGUAUUUACGCUCAGACCUGAGGUCCGUUCAAGGCCCUCGUGCCGCUCGAUGGACACUCGGUUGGUAUACUUGGAAAGUCUUGCAAGGUUCUUUUGAGCAUGUUAACCGUGAUCUCCACAAGAAAUACGGCUCUGUCGUUCGCUACGCACCCGACCGCUACAGCUUCAGCGACCUCGAGGCAGUCAAAGUCAUCUACGGACUGGGUACUUCGUUUCCCAAGUCCCCAUGGUACAUACCUUGGGGCAUCCCCGGAGAUGACAAUCUGUUCAACGAGCGAUCGUUGGCCAAGCAUGCGCACGAUCGAAAACAAUAUCAGUCCACGUACUCCAUGUCUUCCCUGGUCAACUACGAAGCCUUUGUUGACGAGUGUGCCGAGCUGCUAAAGAAUCGCCUCUCAGAACUAUGUGCAGCAGGUCAGGCGGUCGAUAUGCAUCAUUGGCUUCAAUGCUAUGCUUUUGAUGUCAUUGGUAUGAUCACUUAUGGAAAGCGUCUGGGCUUCCUCGAUAAGGGAGAGGACGUAGGAAAUGUCAUACACGCCUUGGGAGAGAUACUCAGCUAUUCAACAAUCGUUGGCAUCGUCUUCCCCACCCUCCACAAUAUCAUUGUUCCGAUCAUGAACUUCUUUGCAGGGAGUAAGGGACAAGGUGGAGCUUAUGUCACAGCUUUCACUAAGGCGAGGAUUAGUGAAGCGAAGUCAAAUCCCAAGGCUGUGAUCCUGGAUGACAGCGACACCUCCACGCAGUCUUUUCUGAUGAAGUUCCUUGCCAAAAACACUUCGAAGCCAGAUGCUUUCACCUCAUCCCAUGUCCUAACCGGUUGUGUUAUCAACAUGGUCGCAGGAUCCGACACAACUGGCAUCAGCCUCUCAGCUGUGCUGUACUAUCUUCUCAAGAACCCCUCAUGCAUGGAAAAGCUACGAGAAGAAGUAGAUGCUUUUACUGCCAACGGCCAGAUAUCGACUUAUGUCACUUAUAAAGAGAGCCAGGCAAUGCCGUACCUGCAGGCUGUGAUCAAGGAAGCCUUGCGGUUACAUCCAGCCACUGGACUACCCCUUGAGCGCGUGGUGCCUAAGGGGGGUGCUACCAUUUCAGGGCGUUUCUUCCCAGAGGGUGCGAUUGUCGGGAUCAAUACUUGGGUUGCGCAUAGAGACCGCGGUGUCUUUGGACAAGAUGCGGAUUCAUUCUCGCCCGAGAGAUGGCUGCAAGAUGAUGAAGAGCGCGUUGCUUUGAUGAAUCGAUUCUGGAUACCUUUUGGCCUUGGGUCUCGUACAUGCAUCGGCCGCCAUAUUUCCAUGCUCGAGAUGUGCAAACUCGUUCCUGCUUUGAUUCGGGACUUUGAGUUUACUUUGGAUGAUAAUUUGCUUCAUAAUGAGUGGAAAACGCAGAAUUACUGGUUUGUGAAGCCUCUUGACUUUCAGGUCUGGGAUAUGCACAAGGCGCACAAGUUAUGCUCAGUUAAUACAACAACACUAACCCCCAAAGCCGACCGUAGGUUUCCCGUCUUAUCGCCGUUAUCAGCACUGACAAGCCCAGCAAUCGUCGUGGACGGCACGUCAUUUGCGCUCAACGGCAAAAAUGUCUCCUAUCGCUUUCACGUCGAUCCCGCGACUGGUGAUCUUCUGCUCGAUCACUUUGGCGAUAGAGUAACAGAAAAUCCCAUCGCUCAGAUCAUGUCCAACGGCGGUGGCUGGUCGACUCAAGCUCAUCUCCGCCGUGAAUUUCCAGACCUGGGUCGUGGAGAUUUCCGCACUCCUGCUGUACACAUCAAGCACGCCAAGGGCUUCACAGUGUGUAACUUCAAGUACAAAUCUCAUACAGUCGUCAAGGGUAAACCUGCGAUUAAGAAACUGCCCAGCACAUUUGGCUCAGAUGACGAUGUUUCAACACUGAUUAUCCAUCUGGACGAUGAGUAUAGCUCUGUUGGCGCAGACUUGUCAUACUCUAUCUUUCCCAACUUUGAUGCGAUCGUGCGAAACGUCAAAAUCAUCAACAAGAGCGAUGAUGUCAUUACUGUUGAGAAGUUGUCCAGCUUCAGCGUUGACUUUCCUCAUGAGAACUACGAGAUGUUGCAGUUGCAGGGCGAGUGGACCAGAGAAUGCAACAGAACUCGCCGAAAGGUCGAGUAUGGACUUCAAGGAUUCGGAAGUACUACUGGCUACUCGUCUCAUUACCAUAACCCAUUCUUGUCCAUGGUAUCCCCAACAACAACCGAGUCCCACGGCGAAGCUUGGGGUUUCUCCCUCGUCUACACCGGCUCGUUCAGCGUUGAAGUUGAGAAGAGUCACCAAGGUCUCACUCGCGCCCUCGUUGGAAUGAAUCCUUGUCAGCUUUCCUGGCCGCUGAGAUCGGGCGAGUCACUGCAAUCGCCAGAAUGUGUUUCCGUCUUUUCCAACCUCGGUAUUGGCGAGAUGUCGCGGAAGUUUCAUCGUCUAUAUCGCCAGAACCUCAUCCGAAGCAAGUUUGUUUCUGAAGAGAGACCUGUUUUGCUGAAUAGUUGGGAAGGUCUGUACUUUGACUUUGACGACAAGACCAUCUAUAAACUGGCGCAAGAGUCAGCCAAGUUGGGCGCCAAGCUCUUUGUGCUUGACGAUGGAUGGUUCGGUGACAAGCAUCCUCGUGUCAAUGACCAUGCUGGACUGGGCGAUUGGGUCGCAAAUCCCAAGAGAUUCCCGAGUGGUUUGGAUUCUCUUGCCAAAGACAUUACCAAGUUGCAAGUCAAAGAUUCGGACGAGAAGCUGCAGUUUGGACUGUGGUUCGAGCCUGAGAUGGUCAACCAGAAGUCUGAGCUUUAUGAGCAGCAUCCUGAGUGGGUUCUGAGCGCUGGAAACUACGCUCGUAGCGAAACUCGCCAGCAGCUGGUCCUAAAUGCUGCCCUCCCAGAAGUUCAAGACUUCAUCAUCAGCUCAGUAUCCAAGAUCUUGGAGACAGUUCCAGUCAGUUAUGUCAAGUGGGACAAUAACCGAGCGAUGCACGAAAGCCCCACGCCAGACAACCACCACGCAUACAUGCUCGGUAUCUACCAUGUCUUUGACGUGCUAACAGCCCGAUUUCCCGAUGUCCUCUGGGAGGGUUGCGCAUCUGGUGGAGGUCGCUUCGAUCCUGGCAUCUUGCAAUACUUCCCGCAGGUUUGGACUUCAGACAACAUGGACGCUUUCGAUCGCAUCCACAUUCAGUUCGGUACAUCUUUGGUGUACCCACCUUCGACAAUGGGCGCACAUGUCUGCUCUGCACCAAACGAUGUGACUGGACGCUCGAUCCCAAUGAGCUUCAGAGCCCAUGUCGCGAUGAUGGGCGGUUCAUUCGGUUUUGAGCUGAACCCUGACCAUACUCCUGAGGAAGACAAGGCGCAGAUCCCGGAGCUGAUCAAGCUCGCGGAGAAGAUCAACCCCAUCAUCAUCAAGGGAGAUAUGUGGCGGUUGGUAUUGCCCGAAGACUCCAACUUCCCAGCUGCGAUCUUUGUAUCAGAGGACGGAAGUCAGGCGGUUUUGUUUGCGUUCCAAAUCAGAGCAACUACUGUUCUCAAUUAUCCUCUACUUCGACUAGCUGGACUUGACCCAGCGGCGAGAUAUAAGCUUGAUGGUGGGGAGACGUACUCGGGCGCGACAUUGAUGAAUGGAGGAAUUCAGUUCAGAUUUGGUACAGAUUAUGACAGCAAGGUUGCUCUACUGGAGAGGGUAUAA